AUGGGCAACACCACUAGUGCCGUGUUGGACAACAUUGUCCAGGGGUCCAACUUCGAUAGGGACGAAGUCGACCGUCUGCGAAAACGGUUCAUGAAGCUCGAUAAGGACAACUCCGGCACCAUCGAGCGCGACGAGUUCCUCAGCCUCCCCCAGAUCUCCUCCAACCCGCUGGCGACAAGAAUGAUCGCCAUCUUUGACGAAGACGGCGGCGGCGACGUCGACUUUCAAGAGUUCGUCUCGGGCCUCAGCGCCUUCUCGUCCAAGGGCAACAAGGAGCAGAAGCUGCGGUUCGCCUUCAAGGUGUACGACAUUGACCGCGACGGCUUCAUCAGCAACGGCGAGCUCUUCAUCGUGCUCAAGAUGAUGGUCGGCAGCAACCUCAAGGACCAGCAGCUCCAGCAGAUUGUCGACAAGACCAUCAUGGAGGCGGAUCUCGACAAUGACGGCAAGAUCAGCUUUGACGAGUUCACCAAGAUGGUGGAGAACACGGACGUCAGCAUGAGCAUGACGCUCGACCAGUUCUAG